AUGAAGAAGAUCAAGAGUGGGAAUGAGCUAGUGGAAGAAGUAAAGAAGAUUGAGAAGAACAUCAACGUUGGCAGUACUAUUUCUUCACAGCUUGAGCUGAGUAAUUCUGGGAUACCCCUUGAUACAUGUGAGGUUCCAAUACCGUCACAUCCAGCUGAGGAACAUAGCGAGAGUCCAGAGGAAGAGAUAUCUCAGAUUGAAGAAGAUGUAGUCGAAGACAAGGCACAAGAUGAUCCAGAGCUCGAACAACAAAGUGAUCAAGUUGAAGACUCAUCAUCUAUUACUCUUGAAGAAGCAAAAGAAGUUGAUGUGAUUGAAGAUGAAGAACCAGAAACGCAUUUGCCCAUCAUCAUACAGGAGCAUGAUUUAGUAGGUUUAUCCAAUCCUCUUGAUGACAUGCUUCCUUAUGAGAUCUUUGCUGCUACUUUCCAUUGUGUUAUACCAUCAAUUAAGCUAGACUUGAAAAAUUAUUUGCUUGGACAUGAUCAUACAUACAUUGUUGGUGGCAUUGCUCUCAUUCCUGAUGAUGACACUUAUUUUCCUUAUGCUAGUCCUAUGCUUAAUGAAACAUAUUAUUCCCAUGCUAGUCUUGAGCUUAAUGAUAAAUUUCAUCCUCAUGUUAGUGUCGACCUUGCUGAUUUCUACCAUCCUAAACAUGUGCUUUAUAUCUAUGCUUAUGUAAUUGGAUAUUCGAUUGAUGACUUGGAGGGUAUUAUCCCUACCACUUGCAUUGUCUCUUUCGUUGAAUGCUCUUUCAGGUUUUUGCUUGUGCACGAUCCAUUACACGCUGACCAGGUUCGAGGUGACAUUCCUUGGGACCCUGGUGGGCUCAGAGCAUGGGGAUGA